GAUCGAAUGAAUAUUUAUUAUAAUUUACUGAAGAAAUUAUGAUUUGAAAAUAUAUUUAAAUGCCUUUGUUGUAAGGGGAAAAAUAUUGAUAAAUGAUGCUGUGGAUUGAAAUACACUACCUUUGGAAGGAGGCUUAAAUAAGUACAACAACACUUCUUUAGAAAAUUUAUUAUUUAAUCAAACAGAAAGGUACAUUAAUAAGAUGAA